CACAGAGAGCCUCGCAGAUCGAGAAAGACACGGUAGACUCCAUUGCUGUCCCGAGUGCGUUUCUCGCCGGACUGGGUGUAUUCCGUUACUGCGUGCCUCGUCCGCGCUCGUGCACGUAGUCCGAGUUUCAUCUCCCCGAAGUAUACCUCGGCGAGCCGUUUUACGAGCGAGCGAGCGAGCGAGCGGCCGAUCUUGUGAUUUUUAGAUACGCACUCUUUCAGUCGUCCAGUGUGCGGGGACGCGUGUGUCUGCGGGCCGAGUCUUCUCGUGCGUGAUCGAGACGCGAAGAGGAAAAAAGGGCCACGAUGGCUGACCAACUCACAGAAGAACAGAUCGCAGAAUUUAAGGAAGCGUUUUCGCUAUUCGAUAAAGACGGCGACGGUACCAUAACCACCAAAGAAUUAGGUACAGUCAUGCGGUCCCUCGGUCAAAAUCCCACAGAAGCCGAACUGCAGGACAUGAUUAAUGAAGUAGACGCAGACGGUAAUGGAACAAUUGAUUUUCCGGAGUUUUUAACCAUGAUGGCGCGUAAAAUGAAGGACACGGAUAGCGAGGAAGAGAUUAGAGAGGCCUUCAGAGUAUUCGAUAAGGAUGGAAACGGUUUCAUAUCCGCGGCAGAACUCAGACACGUCAUGACCAAUCUGGGCGAGAAACUUACUGAUGAGGAAGUAGAUGAGAUGAUACGGGAGGCCGAUAUCGACGGCGACGGUCAAGUUAAUUAUGAAGAAUUCGUCACAAUGAUGACAUCAAAGUGAAUGCAACCUGUGUAACGGAAGAACUCGCGACUCGGAGUGGUGUUGACGUAUUAAAUAAAUCAAGAAACAGAGAAAAAACAUAUGUAACAAAAACAGAAUCAACCAGAAAGUGAUAAAUCUUGUAUCAGGAUAUGAAGAUGAUCUAUAAAAGCGCGAAGAGUCAACGUCCGAUACCGCGUUAAAAAUCAUCGUUUAACGAUAAGUAAUACAGGGCAAUUAAUUGUUUAAUUAAAGAGUUAUACCACUAAAAUCAUUAUCUUUCAAAAUACAAAUAUUUACGCGUGUACACACAACACAAUAACACGUCACACCAAUACAUACGAACGAAACACUCAAAGAGUAUAUAUACACUUACAUUUACAUUCACUCGGAUGUCUUAUUUCCAUUGGAUAAAACAAAUUUGGAAAUGAGAUAACGCGAAGAUACACGAUUGCGCGCGCAUGUGCACCAACGACAAAGAAAAAAAGUGCAUUUUCCAUUUUACUCUCUUUCUCGACUGCCCCCCUUUCCUUUUCUCUUGUUGCAUCCCUCGCUAUCAUCUUCCCUCCUCGUCUCCAUACCUUCUCCUUCAUUUCCUCGAAAGUUUUUUUUAUGAGAAAGGCAUGUCGAAGAUUUGUAACUUCUCUUUGCAAAUGGAGAGGAAACGUGUGUGUUAGGGACAAAGUAUAAAUCCGAUGUAAGAUACUAUUAAAAGCAGCAAAGAUUUAUUUGCCAAUCGAGAGAGAGAGAGAGAGAGAGAGAGAGAGAGAGAAAGAGAGAAAGAGAGAGAUUCAUCUCGAGAAUUCCUUCGUUCAUUUUUUUAAUAAACGAGAUACGUGUAUAGUGAAUGAUGACAUUAGGAUACGUAGCUGCUAAAUAGAUGAUGAUGUCUCUACCGUUAAAAUGCAUGCACAUGUACAAAUGUUUGUUUGUCUCUGUGAGAGAAUUCGGCCUGGACCGAUCGUUUUCCAGACAAAGAGAGAAAGAGAGAGAGAGAGAGAGAGAGAGAGAUUGAAAGAGAGAAAGAAAGAAUAUAAAUAUGAUGCGCUUCGGCCUCUGGGUUAUUGAUGACGACUUCAAAUGCAAAAGCUGUGCUGGACCCCUCGAUGCCUCACAAAACGAAUAACUUAAUUUAUAUAAGUAACGAGCAAGAAAAUUUAUAAAAAAAAGAAAAUGUGAAAGAGAGAGACAAAGAGAGAAAAAAUUAAGAAAUGAGGUAUAGGUGAAGAAAAAUUGCAAGAGGAGCCUCGAGGAGCUCAGACCUAGUGCUUUCGCUCGCGCGUGUCGCGUCUUGCAGGACGGGAUGUGAUCGGUCGCGCGGAUGACGUCACACGGAAAUGAGGAUAACGAGCCGCGACGCGAUCGUUGGAAAGCUCCAGGAUUCGAAGUCUCGACAUUCCUAUUUGAAAACAAAGAAAAGUCUCUUCCUUACGCUUUCAAUCAACAUCAUCCAAGCCUCUCGUGCCCGUGCAUACGGGACUCACACGUACACGUUACGUAUAUAAUAUGUUUUACGAAUUAUAUACGCGAGAAAAACUCUAUACACACAAAAGAUUAUACACACAGAGAAAAAAAAGAAAAACACUAUAAUAUUAUAUUCACAAAGUGCGUUUUGCCUCCAGUUCCAUUUUAAUCUCCUAUUUGUAAACUUGCCUUCCGCUCGGGAAAGCCUUACAUACAUGCGCGCAAAAAAGAUUUAAAAAAAAAUGAAAAAAGAGAAAAACAACGUCGACACCACUUUUGUUGAUAUGUAAAUCCACGGAGAAAUAAAAUAGGGAUGGGGGAUUAAAGGAAGUAAAGGCCACAGUGAGAUCGGUGCAUUACUUUUCUUCGCCCAGGGGUGCGUGCCAGUCUCGUUAAAUGCGGAGCCAACCAGACCGGAGAAACUGGUGUGAUUUUUGUGCGAUCCGUACGAUAUAAUGUUACUUAAGAACUCGAGAGCAAAAGAACAUAAAUGCCGUACAGCGUAAAACAACAUGCGUGUCGGUGGUUCAGUCAUAAUAUAUAUGUAAUAUAUAUUAUAUAUAUAUAUAAAUUACGAAGAAAUUAAGAAAAAAAAAAGAUGAAAGAUAAUUCCUCCACAGUCCUUUAUUAUUUAACAUUGAAGUGAACAAAAAUGAGAAGUACUUGUAUUUCUGGUGACCUAGAUCGCAUUGAUCAUUAAACAAAAAAAGAAAAAAAGAUUUAAAAAAAAGAUAAAAAGACAAAAUAAAUGUAUCCUCAUUUUUAGGUCACAGCUACUCUCGAUUUGUUUCCCUCAUUAUCGAUAGACCUCUCGUUUCAGCAACCAUCUCUUUUUGUGUUCGAUGGCAUCUAGAUACUUUGCUAUGAGAAUAUUUCAUUGUCUCUCUGUGAACAGGAUCCACUUUACAUAUCUCUGACUUUUCUCACUACCCUCGAAAAACUUUUGAGAUUAGAUAUAGGUUACAAAGGAGAGAAAGUACGGUAUUAAUUGUAAUUAGGGACUCGCUCCAUUAAACAUCCGAAAAAAAAGGGA